GAAAAAAAGCGUCUGGCAACAGUCGAUAUUAAAACAUGCAGAGGCAGACGAGCUUGGGGCCUUACUGAGAGGAAUGAGACUGCAGCAGAGGGGAGAGGAGAGGGAGAGCUGCCUACUGCAGCCUGCCUGCCACACAGAGUCAGAGACAGAUGACUACUACUAUUAUCACAUGUUAUUUUCCCCCGCUCAGCUACCCGUUGAUUUGUGUAUGAAAACCUAGCGCUUUUCUUUUACUCCUGCAUGCUUGCCCCCCUUCUGGGUUUCUGCUUUUCGAGUGAUCAGCUGAUGAAGAGGCUAGCAGCUCGCCGCUAUGCUGGCUUGCUAAUUCUCUCCCCUCCAGCUGCAGCCGCAGCCCAUCCAGCUACAACCCAUUCUGAUCCACAGAGUCAGACUGCAGACUGCAGCCAGGAGAACGGGGCCUUGGAGGACAUGGAGGAGGACAUCAGCCUAAAGAAACGGAAAGGUGAUCACCAUGGCGACAAAGACUCUGAGUCCCGAGACUCCGGCCAGGAGGCUGGAGGUGAAAAGGUCAAGAAACGCCGAGGUCGACCUCCGGCAAAGAAACUGCCCCCCAACCCUCCCGAGCUCACCAAGCAGCUUAACACACUGGUGGACAUGGUUAUCAACUACAAAGACGGGUUGGGCCGUCAGAUCAGCAAAGGCUUUGUCCAGCUGCCUUCUAGGAAGGAGGUGCCAGAGUACUACGAGUUGAUCCGCAAGCCUGUGGACUUCAGGAGGAUCAGGGAGCGUGUGCGCAAUCACAAGUACCGGAGUGUGGGAGAUCUGGAGAAGGACAUCAUACUGCUGUGCCACAAUGCCCAGACCUUCAACUUGGAGGGAUCUCAGAUAUUUGAGGACUCAAUCGUUCUCAAGUCUGUUUUUGAGAGUGCACGACAGAGGAUCGUCAUUGACGAUGUGGAGAAAAAGGACAGCACUGCCAUCUGUGACGAUGGAGGUCGAGACAAUCAGUUUGGUUCAUCAGAAGUGAAAACGGGGACAAAGCAGGUGAAACAGAGGAUGAAGAAAGAAGAGCGGAGCAGAAAGAUGAAGGCCAAGAAGACAGUCUACAGUGAUGUAGACAGCGAUGAGGAUCUGGAGGACAAUACAGCUAAAGAUGAGGGUUGACCUGGAGGACCAAUGCUAGUUCAUUUAUCCUCUUUCUUUCUCUCCGCUGUCACUGUUUUUGCAAUGCAGCUUAUUAGUUCUCACCUUGAUAAAGAUUUGUCUCAUCUCAAGUCAAGAAGGCUACUCAAAGAAAGGAAUUUACAUACCUAAUGAUGUUGGUCCUCAAGUAAUUCAUGCAGCCUUAAACUUUCAUGUCUCUUUACUAUUAUUUUGCCUUUUUGUUCUUUGGGAUUUUAUGGUGUUGCUCUCUUGGUCCUCAUAUGGAAGCUAUUGUGUGUAUCCUUAAUGCUUAACCAGAGGUUAUCUCCACCCUCUUUUUUCAUGAAUUGUUUUUGUAUUUGAAAAUGUUAUUACUGUAUGUGUGAAAUGCCUUCAUACGUCUUGGAGCAUGAUGAUGUAUUUCUGCUAAGACGGAGACCGCCCUCAGAGAGUGGCGCAUGUUGAUGACAUCAAUAUAUGUUGUGUUACAGGUGUGGGAGAUGGCAGAAAAUGGUUGGUCAGUUCUUCAAUAUGACUAGGAUGGACACUACUGGAUUGUUUCAAAUCUCAAAAUGUGUGGAUUUAAAAUGAAAUAUGAUUCUGUAAUAAAACUCCAAAUGGGAGAAUU